AUGGGAGGUUCAUUGAGCUUGUCAAAUAAGGCUAAUAAUGAAACAGUUUCAGUUAAAGAUUAAAAGUAAUUGACAGAUGAACUAUAUUUGAAAGAUGAAGAGUAUUUGCAAGAGUAGGAGUAAAAUGAAGAACCUCUGGCGAAAAACUUCUAGAUUGAAAGAAUAUUUGGAACUGAUGGAAAUAUCCAGGAUAUAAUAACUCUUACUGAGUUUUGUAUACAAGAGGAAAAUGUAAAUGGUAAAGGUUUUGAAGGGAAAAAAUUCAAUUAUAAGUUGACUGGCACUCAUAAAGAUGGGCAAUUUGAUAUUGAAGUAAUCUGCCUUGAAAAUGAUCAUAAAAGUUUAAAAAUAAAAGGAUCGCUUGAAUAUAAGAAUUUAAUAACAGGAGAUUGGGACUACAAAUUAUCGCAUGAAUUUGAACCUCUAGGCAAAUUUUUAUUGAAGCCAGAGAGUGAGAAAAUUAGAACUCUUGCCACUGCGAGUAUUUAAAUAGUUAGCAAUGAAAGAGAUAAAGUGAUUCCAUAAAUACCUGCAAAAGCAGUAAAUUGUUUUUGCAAAGAAUAAAUAAAGAAAAUUACUUCGCCCAUUGAUAUAAGCAUUAAAGACUACAUAUUAUAUAGAUAAUGCUAGUUUUUGAUGUGCUAAGAAUGCUAUUAUUAAAUUGAAUUCAUAAACAAAAUGAUGCUUAUCUCUAGAAUCAAGCAUGCGUAUCGAGAAAAUAGAACUGAAUGGUUUAAGUAUGUAGAAUACGUCAUGGAAAUAUUUAGGAGGAUUUUUCUUGAGGAUCCGAUGACAAAAUUAUCAGUUUAACUAAAGAGAUCUCAUGAUUAUAGAUGGUUUGAAAUUUAUGAAAUGACUUCAGAUACAUUUGAAUUUGUCCUAAAAAAAGAGUUAGAGUUGUACAUAGAUAGAGAAAUGCUAGGGGAGGGGUAUUUUCAUUAAGUAUCUGUGGCACUUCAAAGAAGAGAUUUUGAGUAAAUAAAAAUGCAGAAUGGCUUUAUAGUCCUGAAAGAGAACAGAAUAGAGCCGAAUAAAAAGUGGGUUAUUAAAAGAAUUAAGCGAUUUGAAGAAUUGAUUUAAGUCCCAAUAGAUAUUGCUAAGCAAUACAUAGCUGUGGCAUUAGCUAAUGCAUUUAAUAUUAUGCUGAAACAAUGUUUCCCUACUUAAGAAAUAUUUCUCAAGUAUGUACAACCCUAUCUAGCAAUACCUCUUUACAAAGAAGAUAUUAAAUAUGUCUAUGAAUUAGAGGAAUUUCAAGAGACUAAUGAAAAAAUUAUAUUUAACAACUUUAACAGACCCAGUGGAGCAAAAAAAGACACCCUUUUAUAACAUCCUCAUUUUGGGAAAGUAAGAUUGCCUCAUGCAUUCACCCAUUGGACUUACAUGGUCACUGGAGGACUGGUCAUAGUAACUGAUAUUUAAGGUUGGAAAAUAAAUACAGGCCAAUAUGUGAUGACUGAUCCUAUUGUCUUUUCUAAAGUACGAAAUUUUCUGGGCCUUAUCGAUUUGGGAGAAAAUGGAAUGAAUAAUUGGAUUAAAAAUCAUGAAUGCAAUAAUAUUUGCAAAAUAAUCAAUAUGAAGAAAGACGAAGGACUCAUUUAAAACGUUCUAAACUAUUUAGAAAGAUUCAAAAGCAAAAGUCUUUAAGACUUGCUAUUUGAACUUGAUAUUAUAACUGGAAAAUAGCCCUAAGAUAAAGUCUAAUAAUAAUGA